AUGUUCGACACGGUGGGCCUCUGGCAGCAGCUCACGCGCGCCGCCCGGUCCCCGACGGCCGAGCCCUACGUGGCCAUCCCCAACACGCUCGACGACGCCGUCCGCGACUCCGAGGACGCGCGCGUCGUGACGACGGCGAAGCGGCCCUUCGUCAUCGAGCACGUCAACGACGCGUGGACCAAGCUCUGCGGCUUCACGGCCGAGGAGGCCGUCGGCAAGACGCUGGCCAUCCUCCAGGGCCCGGACACGGAGAAGGGCGAGGUCGCGGACCUCGUCCGCGGCUGCGAGGACGGCCACGCGACGUCCGCGCUCCUCACCAACUACACCAAGGAGGGCGACAAGUUCCAGAACUUCCUCCGCGUCUUCCCCCUCACGGAGGACGACGGGACCAAGGUGUCCCACAUGCUCGGCGUCCUCCAGAACGUCAACGCGUGAAGCGGGGUCGCGUCACCGGGGGGGCCGGCGCCGAACGGCCCCGCCCGGCGCGCGACCGAAGCAUGACCGGGAGCACCGCGACCCGCGCCGCGUGUCUACGCGCCCCGCUCCUCGCCCCGGACCGCGCCGGACGAACCACGACCACGCCCCCCCCAACCACGCCCCCGAAACACACCCCGAAUUCGAGCCGCGCCCGCAAACAAGCGCGCUCCUCCCCCGCCGCGGCCACCGCGGGACGCACACGCGGCCCCCGAACGCCGCCCGAACCCCGACCCCGAAGCAACGAGACCGGCACCCCGACACGCCGGGAUCGAACUGUAAACCUGUCUUUCGAAC